CAGCGGGCCCCCGGGCGGAGCAGCAGGCACCGGGCCCCCGGGCGGAGCGACAGGUCUCGGGCCCCCAGGCGGAGCGACAGGUCUUGGGCCCUCAGGCGGAGCGGCGGGCGCCGGACCCCCAGAUGGAGCGACAGGUCUCGGGCCCCCAGGCGGAGCGGCGGGCGCCGGACCCCCAAGUGGAGCGACAGGUCUCGGGCCCUCAGGCGGAGCGGCGGGCGCCGGACCCCCAGAUGGAGUGACAGGUCUCGGGCCCCCAGGCGGAGCGACAGGUCUCGGGCCCUCAGGCGGAGCGGCGGGCGCCGGACCCCCAGAUGGAGCGACAGGUCUCGGGCCCCCAGGCGGAGCGGCGGGCGCCGGACCCCCCAAGUGGAGCGACAGGUCUCGGGCCCUCAGGCGGAGCGGCGGGCGCCGGACCCCCAAGUGGAGCGACAGGUCUCGGGCCCUCAGGCGGAGCGGCGGGCGCCG